CUUCCGGGGCACCCGGCCCGGGAGCUCCGGGAAUGUCCCGAGCGGAGCUGCCUGAGACGUUGUGUGUGUUCCACCCGUGACGGCUGUGUGAGCAGGGCCUGGAGGCUCGACUCGUACGUGAUGGCCGAGCAGUCGGACAAGGCUGUGAAGUACUACACCCUGGAAGAGAUCCAGAAGCACAACAACAGCAAAAGCACCUGGGUGAUCCUGCACCACAAGGUGUACGACUUGACUAAAUUUCUGGAAGAGCAUCCUGGUGGAGAAGAGGUCUUAAGAGAACAAGCUGGGGGUGAUGCUACGGAGAACUUCGAGGAUGUCGGGCACUCUACUGAUGCUAGAGAACUGUCCAAGACAUACAUCAUCGGGGAGCUCCAUCCAGAUGACAGAUCUAAGUUAGCCAAGCCUUCGGAAUCUCUUAUUACUACUGUUGAGUCUAAUUCCAGUUGGUGGACCAACUGGGUGAUCCCAGCCAUCUCAGCCCUGGCUGUAGCCCUGAUGUAUCGCCUCUACAUGGCAGAGGACUGAAUGACUCUCAGAAGCCGUAGAAGGAAAAGG